AUGCCGCCGAAGUGCAACAAACGAUGUAUUUCUCCUGAUGUCCUACUAUUUCUUCCGCUCAGCGCACGUGUUGGGAGGCAGUAUCGGACCGCCAAAAAGGCGGUAUCCGAGCACUCUCUUACUCUCUCCAUUAUUGAGUCUGCUCCUAACAGCGUUGAUUGUGAGCCGCUAGGUCUCAUUCCUUCUACCUCUACUAGGGCAUUUGUCGCUGGUGCAGGCAGCAGGUGCAGGUGCAGGUGGACCUUCGACUCGCAAGACUUGCUAGACGAAGACGACGACAUGGCGGCCCCACGUCGCGAGCUCCUCCAUAAGGACCAUUUCUCUUUUGUCUUUGGAAAUGUGAAGACCCAGAGCUACUAUGACCCUGCCUCCAAGGGUCCGGGCUCCCAUACCAUCCGCACUCUUGCCUGGAACCCUACGGGCCAGCUUAUUGCGGCUGGCUCCGCAGAUCGCACCAUUAGAAUCUGGAACCCUGAUCGCCCUCAUGUCAGAUACUCAACGGAACUGCGCGGCCACACAGCUGGCAUUGAGAAGGUGCUCUUCAACCCAGUCCGCGACGCCGAGCUGGCCAGUUGCUCGGCCGAUGGUACAGUGCGCUUUUGGGAUGUGCGCUCUAAGACCUGUGUGAGCCGUCUUGAUGUUGGUGGCGAAGCCUUCACGCUCUCCUGGUCCGCUGAUGGCAGCACAAUGAUUGUCGGCAAGAAGGACGACACAUUGAUCCCUGUUUCCGUUAAAUUCCCCUCCUCCCCGACCGCCCAUCCCGAUCCUAUUGGCGCCCUUAACACCCCUUCCUCCACUCCCGGCGCGACUACAUACACAGCUCUCGAGCCGCGCCCUCAACCCGUCCAGACAAACGCGACAACUUUCUCAUGGUGCAUGCCGACACCCGAGCGUCAGGAGCAGCAAGUAUUCGUGACGACUGGUGAAGGCAAGGUCAAGAUCAUGUCCUACCCUUCGUUCAAUAUCAUGCAUACCCUCAACGCCCACACCUCGGCUUGUCUUUCCAUUGCGCUGGCCCCGACAGGGCGAUACCUAGCAGUUGGCGGGAGUGAUGCUCUCAUCUCCCUCUGGGACACCACUGACUGGAUCUGUCGUCGCACCUUGUCUAGUGAGAACGGCGGUGCGAUACGCGGCGUCAGUUGGAGUUUCGAUGGCCGCUAUGUUGUUGGCGCAUGCGACGAACUUGCAUGUGCCGGAAAUGGACUCGAAAUCUUCCAUGCUGAGUCCGGGGACAGUAUCCAUACCAUUCCUGUUCCUGGUGGCAUCAAUGCCGGGGUAUCGGCUGUGGAGUGGCAUCCUUCACGGUAUUGGCUGGCUUACUCGACCACGACUGAUGGUCCUGGCAGUUCCAACCCUGGGGGUUUGAAGAUUGUCGGUGCUGCUGGCGGUGGCUUGUAA